AUCCCAUCGCAGGUCGAUUUGAUCCACUGUCUUCGCUUGGUGCAGGUCACCAACCCUCAACGAAUUUCCUCUGCCAUUCAUUUCUUCAGUAUGCGUUCUCAACAUAUUCCGCUGGGACUCUUUCUCCUGGCAUCUAUUAGUGGCGUCUUUUCAGUGCCCCUCGGUAUAACUCACGAUCUUCCUGCUGACGCCGAUGAAACAACGCACCAAGCUAAUCUCGACGCGGCCACAGUUGAAGCUAAUCGGCAAAUCGAUAUCAUGGAGAAAGUCAUGGCAGACCCUGAUAACGCGAAGCAUAAACCUCUCAUCGAUGCCGCGUUCGGAGCGAAGGCCGACCGGGACGCAAUUAAAGCAAAUGUCGAGAAGCUCAAGACCGGCAGCGUUCCUGUCAAGCUUGCCGCCGACCCAAAGUAUCUCGCCUACACGUCGUACGAUACUAGCACGACUCCCAUGACCCCUGAACAUAUCGUGUUCGGCAAACAGUACCAUGAUUCUACGCCCGCCGCUCAAGCCGGUACCCUAAUCCACGAAGCCACACAUGUACUCGCCGACACUGGCGAUUAUAUGAGGGGUAAUCCUGGCGAUAUUAUCCCAGGUAGUGACCCACGUACCUCGGCCAAAACGGGAUACACAAAGUCGAUGGAGCCGUAUAAGACCGUUGACGAAAUCAAUGCCGACAAAGAUUUCGUCAAGAUACGAGAUAAGAAGGGGAAUAUGCACCUUAACGCGGAGUCCUACGCGCAAUUUGCAAGCUUAUGCGCGAAUGCUGGUCUCCGCCGCCGCGAGUUCCACAUGUACAGACGAGCGUUGGCGGAUGGUGAUCACGACAUGGCCGCCCAUUACCUCGUGAGGCGCCAGUCGUGCGCGCUUCCCAAGGACUACUUCAAAAAUAAAGCGGCUGCCAAAAAGGCUGCGGAGGCAAAAACUCCUCCCGCUGGUGACAAGAAAGCUGCAUCCAAACUCGCCACGACCUCUAAAGCCUUGGGCCGUUUAACUGCGGGUGCCAAGAAGUCCGCUCUGACACCUGGGUCCAAGAAAUCGGCUUUGACGCCUGGAUCCAAGAAAUCAGCUUUGACACCUGGUUCCAAGAAAUCCGCACUCACGGCUGGCGCGAAAAGCUCCAAACUCGCCACGGCAACAAAGGGACGUUUAACUGCUGGAAAGAAAUCUGCUCUGACACCUGGUGCAAAGAAAUCCGCUCUCACGGCGAAAAAGCCAUCAUCUAAACUCUCCGCUACCUCCAAAGCCACCAAGGCUUCCAAACUCACCAAAUCAGCCCUUGGUACCAAAGGCAAACUUGCAGGGAAAGGUGUCGCCGGUGCUCGUAAACCAACGUCCAAGUUACCUACCGGCAAGCGCGUUGCCUCUGCCAAAUUCGGAGCCGCUGGCGCGAAAAAACUUGGCACUGGUAAGAAAACCGCCACAGCCAAGUCCCUGACGAAGGGAGCAGCUCGCGCUGGUGCCAAGAAGGUCGCUGGUGCGCGCACACCGGGUUCCAAGUCUCUCACUAAGGGAGCUAACCGCGCGGGUGCCAAAAAGGUGGCUGGCUCUCGUACCACCAAGGGAGCGGGUACUAAGAAAGCGGCUGGCGUGAAAGCUCUGACCAAGGGAGCGAAUCGUGCAGGGGCGAAGAAGUUGGCUGGUUCCCGUACCACCAAGGGAGCGAGUACUAAAAAGGCAGCUGGCGCGAAAGCUUUGACCAAGGGAGCGAAUCGUGCAGGGUCGAAAAAGUUGGCUGGCUCUCGUACCACCAAGGGAGCGAGUACAAAGAAGGCGGCUGGCGCGAAGGCUCUUACCAAGGGAGCAAAUCGUGCAGGGUCCAAAAAGGUCACUGGUGCCCGUACCACCAAGGGAGCGGCUUCGAAGAAGGCAGGUGGCGCGAAGGCUCUCACCAAGGGAGCAAACCGUGCAGCGUCCAAAAAGGUCACUGGUGCCCGUACCACCAAGGAAGUGGCUUCGAAGAAGGCAGGUGGCGCGAAGGCUCUUACCAAGGGAGCAAACCGUGCAGGGUCCAAGAAAGUCGCUGGUGCCCGCACUCCCAAAUCGGGAGCGGGCUCCAAGAAAUCUGUUGGCGCGAAGUCCUCUACCAAGGGCCCAGCAAACCGUGCGGGUGUCAAGAAGACUGCGUCAAAGACUGGGGGAACUCAGAAGGGAGCUGCCGCAGGAGCUAAAAAGCCUUCUGUCAAGAACGCGGGCGGCGCUCGCAAAACGACAUCCAAGGUUGCUGGAAAGCCCGCCUCCAAGUCCCUCGUCAAAGGAGCGGCUGGCGCCAAGAAAGUCACGUCCGCGGGUAAGCCGACAUCAAAGGUUUCCUCUCCCACUAGAGGUGCCACUGGUGCUAAGAAGGUCGUCGGGGCAGUCGCUAAAUCUGCUCCAAAGAAGAGCACCGUUUCGGCUGGCAAGGGGGCUGUGAAGAGUAUUGCGACCCCGCAGAAUUUGAAGAAGGCUGCCGCGCUAACGGCUACUGUGGUUUCCAAGGGCAAGAAGAAGUAG